UUUUAACGAGGAGCCAUGAACUAGGUGACAGGUCAUAGGCCUAAUUAACAAGUAUUAGAUGGCGUGCAUAGGUGAUGCCAUAAUUGAUAAUUUCGAGGGGGGAAAUUUGGGAAGGACAAAUACUAAAAAUUUGCACCCAAUGUUGCAGAUUUAAGGUUUCAUGGUUGCUGUUUUAUAGCUUCGGGAUUUGUUAAACUGGGAAGCAAAAACAGUACUGUGAAAGGUUGCUUGUGAAUGCUGAGUUUCAGUAGAGCCUCUAGUUGCUGACUGCAAUUUCAGAAAAAAAUCAAGAGUUGAUGAGCUCUCGGAAAUUGGAUAGUGAGCAGCUUGAAGGGUUCAUUACAGGACACAAAAAUGCUGUCCAAAGUGUUCCCGCUCUCGUUGAUCAUCAAAUCUCCAAUGCCGGUAAGUGUGAGUAUCCGACUUCUGUUCAACAGCCUCCCCUGCAGGCAUUAUCAUCCAAUUCUUCCGAAGCAAUGGAUUUUCGCGGAACAAAAUCCCUUACUCCAUUUUCAUUAUCCCCGCUAGAGAAGAAACUGAAUUCUGCACCCGAGUCCCCAAAUCUCUCUGCUUUGACAGAUGUUGUUGAUGUCGAGAACGUUUGUUCCCCUUCAACGUUUUGUACUAAUUUGCAUUUCUCUCCCUCCUUAAUCUUACAACAUCAACAUCCAACUGUUGCCCUCCCUUUCCUUGCUCAUCCAUCAGAUUCUUCACCGGGCUCUUCUGUGAUGCCGCCCUGUGAAUUUGCAUUUGCUCAGUCUAUGUUUAGUGGGGAUUAUAUGCAACAAAGCUAUCUUGAUACAGAUUCUGGGAAUCAUUUAGAAGAUUUUUUGAACUUCCCCGAGGCCGACUCUGAAUGUAGUCAGUAUGAUCAAAGCGCUGCUAAUAGUGGACUGGUUGUUGGCGAUCAUACUGAGACUGCAGACUGGUCAGAUUGGGCGCAGCAACUAGUUCCUGAGGACUCCUCUUCGGCUGCCAGUUGGCCCAACUUCCUUCUUGUGGAAGGUGGUGGAGAUCCUGGCUUGAAUACAAUAUAUCAGGUCCAAAAUUUUGCAAACGCAGCCUCGGUUUUAUCCCAGAGGCAGCACCCCGAGGAGUUCCUUGUCCGUACGGAUGGCAAUCAAUUGGCUUCAAGCUCGACAUCCUCUGAAACUGGGUCUUCUAACAAGCCGCGGUUGAGAUGGACUCCAGAACUACAUCAAAGAUUUGUGGAAGCUGUUACAGAGCUAGGUGGUGCUAAUAAAGCAACACCAACAGGUGUUUUACGGAUUAUGAAGGUGGAGGGCUUGAAAGCAGAUCACGUGAAAAGUCACUUGCAGAAAUAUCGGACUGCCAAACACAUUCCAGAUCAAACAGAAGUCAAAACUUCUUGCAGUGCUGGACAUGAGGAAAACAAUUCUUCUGACAAUGUAGCAGUUUUGGACCUAAAAAUGGGAAUGCAAAUAACGGAGACAUUGGGGGAGCAGAUGGAGGUCCAAAAGCAGUUACACGAGCAGCUUAAGAUCCAAAGGUCGUUGCAGUUGCAGAUAGAAGAAAACGGAAGAUAUCUGCAGAAGAUGCUUGAAGAGCAACAGAAAACAAACGACUCAGUAAAGAGUCAAAACCUCUCUGUUCUCAUAGGUUCUUUGGUACAGUCUUCUGAUGUUGUAGUUGAUUUUGGAACUAUUCCUGCUGGGAAUAUGGAGACAGUGCAGAAAGAGAAGAGUUAUCUAAAACAUCCAGAUUCCAAAUCUGUGCACGAAUCACUUCCAGUUGUUGGCAAGACUUUGAAAGAUGACACUAAAAAAAUAUUGUUUGAGUCAGUUCUCGAGUCCAAAGAUCAAUCAAAAUCCCCACCUGCGAAACGUAUUAAAACAGACACUGAGAACACAAGCAUGGAUACACUAGGGAAUGCAUUUGCAGGACAUGGACUACCUUCCAAAAGUGCUGGCAAUGAAACGUCGCAGUAGAUUGAAUCUCGGCACUUGAAUGGGACUCACUGAAAUGAAAUCAGACCUAAGUGCAGAAUUACUGGUAGCAUGAUGAGCAUUGCAGGACAUAGAGUCCACAGCCUUAGGUCUAUGCAAGUUUUUUGCUGUAAGAUAAAAUGUUAACUUUGGAAGUGGUUUAUUCAAAUUGGUAAAGAAUAUUUCCUGCAUGCAUGAAGUAUGCAGGAAAUCAAACAUUUGGGUGUGGUUAGGUCCAUUUAAAGAAUAUUCAAUUUGAUAAAUGUGAAGCUCAAUUCUAAAGCUUUCCAAGAGCCAAUCUGAGAAAAAUUUUCACAAAUAGCGAUUGCCUAGGGAUAAGAACCAACUUGAACCUGUCACUGUAUCCAGGUUAUCGUUUUAACAUAUUGUUCUAUUAGCUGAUUUAAGAGUAUCUGAAAUGCUUUUCUCUAAAGGUAGAGAUAACUAGGAUGGCCUCUACUCACAAAAGUUGUGACAAAUUACUGUAUCAAUGAAAAUUUAUACCCAAAAUUGAGAA